AUGAGUUCCCUAGUACACUACCCCGUGCUGGGCUAUGUGCAGGCGGAGCUCAUCGUCAACUGUGUUGUCGUCUUCCUCGUCCUGGUGACCGUCAUUCUCAGAAUCGCAGCCCGCCUCAUGGGGCCUGGCUUGGGAUGGGAUGACUGGUUGAUCCUUUUCGCGACGCCUCUCGGCGUCGCCAUGCUUGUGUGCCAGGCUCUUUUCGCUCCGAUAGGGAAUGGUUACAGCUUGGAAGAACACCCGGAACUUGCUGCCAACAUCGUCUACAUCCUUCAGGUGACCUUCGGCAUGCAAAUCAUAUACGUGACUUUACUGGCCAUAGUCAAAAUGAGCAUGCUCGCCUUCUUCAUCCGCGUCUUCGUCACGCCGGCCGUGCAGAGAGCUGCCAAGAUCACUUUUGGGGUUCUUAUUGUCUGGAUGAUCGCUUACAUCUGCGCCUGCAUCUUUAUCUGCAACCCGGUCGAGGCGCAGUGGACGGGCGCCGGACAGUGCGGCGCCUACAUCCACAUGAUCCAGUCGCUAAUCGCGACCAACGCCCUCUUCGACGUCGUCAUCAUGGCCAUCCCCAUGCACGGCAUCUGGACGCUGCAGAUGCGCAAGACGGACAAGAUCGGGAUCAUGGGGUGUUUCGCGCUGGGUCUUGCCUGCGUCGUCUGCGCCAUCUUCCGAAUCGUCUACAUCUCCACCGUCGCCCUCAACAGCAACGUGACGGGCACGAUGCCGACGACCAUCUUCCUGUUCAUCCUGGAGCCCAACCUGGCAAUCCUGUGCUGCUGCAUCCCGAUGCUGCGGCCAUUUUACAUCAUGUACAAGAAGCGCAUGGGCGGCUCGCGGCUGCACGAGGACUCGGACGAGAGGCUGACUGGGUUCAACAAGAGCGGGUCGGGGCCGGAGGGCGGCCGGGGUCUGGGUUUGGGCACGCGGGCCAGGUCCGGGACUGGGAAUGGAUCCGACGACUGGGAGAUGGGCGCUUAUCACCACUACAAGCACCCGGACCGCGAGGCGAAGCAUGAGGCUAUGGUCAAUGCGUACGGGGACGAGGGCUCCGAGAAGAACCUGACGGACGUUGCUUCGCCGCCUGUGCCGAGGGAUGUCAUUGGGGUCCAGACGAGUUGGGCCGUGACGCGUGAUUAG